CAGAUGGUGCGAUGCUAUCACUUGUUUCCGUCUACUUCCUCUUCCUCUGUCAUCUUCGACUUCGAUAAUGGCGGACGCACAAUCGGAAGUGGUUUGCGUCACAGGCGCUAGCGGCUGUAUUGGCUCAUGGCUUGUUCAGCUCCUCCUCCACCGCGGCUAUACUGUCCACGCCACCGUCACAAGCCUUGAGGAUGACAAACAAACCAAGCACUUGGAAGCCAUGGAAGGCGCUGAAUCUCGCCUCCGUCUUUUCCAGAUGGAUUUGCUCGACCGCGCCUCCAUUUCCGCCGCAGUGAAGGGUGCGGCCGGUGUUUUCCACCUCGCCUCGCCGUGCAUUGUCGACCGAGUCGACGAUCCUCAGCGGCAACUCUUAGAUCCGGCCAUUAAGGGAACCAUUAAUGUGCUGACUGUGGCCAAAGAGCUCGGGGUUCGCCGCGUUGUUGUCACUUCCUCAAUUUCGGCCAUCAUUCCUAGCCCUAAUUGGCCGGCUGAUAAGGUCAAGGAUGAAGAGUGCUGGACUGAUGAGGAAUACUGCAAGCAAAAUGAGCUUUGGUAUUCAGUCUCUAAAACCUUGGCUGAAAAGGCUGCUUGGAAAUUUGCCGAGGAAACAGGUCUGGAUAUCGUUGUGGUGAAUCCUGGAACCGUGAUGGGUCCUGUUAUCAAUCCUACAAUUAACGCAAGCAUGGAGAUGAUACUCCGCCUUCUAAAAGGUAAAGGCUGUACUGACAUUUACGAAGAUGUCUUCAUGGGAUCUGUGCACUUUAAGGAUGUGGCUCUUGCGCAUCUACUGGUUUACGAAAACAAAUCAGCUGCAGGAAGGCACUUGUGUGUUGAAGCUAUUUCUCAUUAUGGUGAUUUUGCUGCUAAGGUGGCUGAACUUUAUCCCGAGUACAAUUUGCCCCGGUUGCCAGAGGAUACCACCCCGGGACUAUUAAGGGCGAAGAAUGCGUCGAAGAAGCUGAUGGAUUUGGGUUUGGAAUUCAUUCCCAUGGAUCAAAUCAUUAAGGAUGCUGUGGAAAGUCUGAAAAGCAAAGGAUAUCUUCCUUGAAAAGGCUUGUCUGGUUCUAUCCAAUCUAAGGUAUGCAUGCUAUUACCAGUAGGAAAUGUUGUUCUUGUUAUGAAUGAUAUGAUAUUAUAUGAUGCAUAUUUACCACACCCUUUAUAUGGCUUAUUCAUAAUAAUGAUAAUAAGAGGCAUGGAUGUGAUUUUUCUUGUCUAAAA